AUGCGAAAUGGCGACACAGAGCCUGGUUGUCGUGACCCAUUGGCAGAUGAAAACGUUCAAGAUCUCAAGCUCAGCAUACCCCUUCUCAAAGAGUUAGGGGUCAACACCCUUUUCAUAUAUAUCAUCGACGCCACCAAGAGCCACGAUCAGGCCAUGAGUAUACUUGCCAGUGCUGGUAUACAUGUCAUUGCGUGCUUGUCCAAUCCCCAGAGCUGUAUCGACCGCACCUCGCCACUCGUGUGCUACACGCCGAUCCUCUUGCAGAACUACUUCGCCGUUGUCGACUGCCUGGCGGCGUAUCCCAACACCCUGGGCGUCAUCGUCGCGAACAGUGUCAUCAACACGACCGCAAGCACAACGGCAGCCGCCGUCAUCCGUGCCGUGGUCAGAGAUGUCAAGAGGUACAUGGCGCUCGCGGCCGACCUCAAGGGCCAGAGGGUGCUGCCGGUGGGCCUGAGUUCGGCCCGGAUCAUGAGCUUCUUCCGGGACGAGUUCAAGUACUUCACCGGCGGCGACCCGAGCGAGGCCCUCGAUUUCUUCUGCUUCAACGAGUUCUCCUGGGUUGGUAAUUCCUCCAUGGAGAUUUCUGGAUACAGCCGCAUUCUCCAGUUGCUCACCGAGACCCACGUCCCGGUCUUCUUCUCCGAGUUCGGCGCCAAGACCAGCGACCAGGCGAGGCCUUUUCUCGAGACCCUUGCCAUCUACUCCCCGGAGAUGUCGCAGGUGUACUCGGGCGCCUGCGCCUACGAGUUCUUUUACGGUCCAAACCGAUACGGCAUCGUGCGGAAGAACUCGGACGGCACGCUUGAGCCGCUCCAAGACUUCCGGAAUCUGAAGGAGAACCUGGCGCCGUCGCCUCCUCCCGUGACUCUCGAAGAGUGGGCAUCCAGCGAGCUCACCGCGCCCAGGCGGCCGAACUUGCCCCCGCAGAGCAGUAACUGGAAUGGGGAGGCGGUGCUGCCCGAGUGUCCGCUGGACUGGGCCGAGAUUCGGUCGCACGUCGAAGACUCUGAUUGGGUUCAUAUCGACCGGGGGACGACGGACGCAAUGGUGGAGAGUCUGGCGGGUCUGUUCAAGAAGGCGAGUCGACAUUAG